GUUCAAGCACAGCAAUGCAAAUCGUCAGAAAAGUAUUACCUCCCGCCAUGCCCAAAGGCCCAAUCCCAUUCUUGUCCGCGCACUGGAUCAACCCCGUGUGUGUGCCAAAGCGAUGUAUUAAAGGAUCACGUACAUCCCAGGGCAAACUCUUCAUAUUAUGGACAUCAGCUUGUGGCAGCAUCUUCUUGUGACAACAUCUCCUUGCAGCGAUAUCUCUUUGCCUGCACGACCGUAACACCUCGAGCCCUAAUUGACUUGGACGAGCCUUUGCCAUUUUUAAGAAAUGGAAUUUAAUAAGUGGAACGACCACCUACGCCGAGAGGCGGCAAAAUCAAAACCUAAGAUCCGGUGUCCGGCAUGCAACCCAGAAAUCCCUCAGGAUGGCGCCGUCAAGGCUACGUUCACGAGCUUCGAAAAGCAUUACUCGGAUUCUCCUACUUGUUGAAAACGCCGCGGAAGGAGCGGACUUCAUCCACACCCAAUGGGAGGCUGCGCAAUCGCCGGGCGAGAAGUCAGGGGCCAACCGCAAGAAGGCGCGCCCCCCGAGAGCAGGCUCUAGGGACCGUAUAACCAAGAGCCCCACUCCAAGCAUCAAGAGGGAGGGUUCGAAGUCUCGGAGUAUGUCACCCCCCAAGCGGUCCAAGGCCCGGCCCGCCCCCCCGGCGGGAGAUGACAGCCUUGCCGACGUUCCCAGGGGUGCCUAGGGGAAACUGUGGACCGAUGGUUAGACGAGGUAGUCAUCGGGGCCUUGUAUUCCGCAGUUGGUCCCGAUUCCGUACGUCAGAAGACUUGACGACGCCGCAUAUGUCCUCGACGUCAUGGCCCAUGGAUUGGGUUGGACCCUAUCACGGUGUACGCCGGCGCCGACGAGAGCUAGUCGGCGUAGCCCACUGGAUGGCAGAGUGUCCCACUAACCUCCCCGGAUCUACCCUCCGUCGCGCACCUAGAUCCCGUCUUUACCCGAGUGGAAGAAAUGGAGGAAGCCAUAACAGGGCAUUAGAACGCAC